GAAAUGUUCAAGGCCCAGUUGGAUGGGGCUCUGAGCAGCCAGGUCUGGUGUGAGAUGUCCCUGCCCGUGGCCGGGGUUGGGACUGGGUGGUCGUUAGGGUCCACUCUGACCCAAACCAUUCUACGGUUCCGUGUUGCUCCCUGUGCUGGAGGCCGCAGCGCACGGAACCGGCCGCUCUGUGACAUCAGCCCAGGGCUGCGGGCGCCGCAGGGGCUGCGGGCACUGUGGCCGUGGCGCUGCUGGCGCACGGAGUCCUCGCUCCCACAGCUGACUGAGCCACGGGCAGCAAUGCUGCUGCUCGUCCUCCUCGCCCUGCUGGCCACCUGCAGGCCUGUGCAGGCCGUGUGGAACACCUGCGGUGGGAGCUGUGGCAUCCGGCCCUUGACUUCUGAUGAUGAGCAAGGCAGGACACGCGUCGUGGGUGGCAAAGGUGCCGAGGCAGGGGCCUGGCCCUGGCUUGUCAGCAUCCAAGAUCCCUCAGUUUCAGGCACGGGGCAUUUGUGCGGAGGGUCCCUCAUCAGCGUACAGUGGGUCCUUACAGCAGCCCACUGCUUUACCGAAUCCAGGGACAUCAGCACCAUGCGCCUGCUGAUCGGGGCAACCCAGCUGACCGAGCCAGGCCCUGGGGCUGAGGUGCGCCGGAUUAAGCGGCUGCUGAUUCACGAGGAAUACAGUUCUGCUGACCAGAGCAACGACAUUGCACUGCUGGAACUGAACAAGCCUGUCCAGUGCAGCCCCUACAUCCAGACGGUCUGUGUGCCCAACGGCACGCUGAGCGUGGCACAGCUGGACACCUGCUACGUCGCUGGCUGGGGUGCCACCACUGCAAGAUCUCAAACAUCAAGUGACAUCCUGCAGGAGGCCAAGGUCCAACUUAUCGGUGUCCAGAUCUGCAACAGCAGCGAGUGGUACGGGGGGGACGUCCACACCCACAACUUGUGUGCUGGCUACCCAGAGGGUGGCAUUGACACCUGCCAGGGUGACAGUGGGGGUCCGCUCAUGUGCCAGGAUGAUGACGCUGACUUCUUCUGGGUCGUCGGUGUAACUAGCUGGGGAAGAGGCUGCGCCAGAGCAAAACGUCCUGGAAUAUACACUUCUGUUCAGCACUUCUAUGAGUGGAUUCUGAUCCAGAUGGAACUGCUUCCACAGGAAGAGGCUUCUGAGGCAUGGAGUUAUACAACUGCCUCAGAACGUUUGGGUCAUAUGAAUGCCCCAUGGCCCACUUUUAAGCCAUGGUCGACAAUACUCCCCACUCUUAAUCCAUUUCCAAGACCACCUCCCACUCUUAGGCCAUUGCCAACAGCAUUCCCCACUUACAAACCAUUUCCAACAGCAUACCCCACUCACAGGCCGGUGCCGACAGCGUACCCCACUCAGCAGCCAUGGACAACAGCAUACCCCACUCAGAAGCCAUGGACAACAGCAUACCCCACUCAGAAGCCAUGGACAACGGCAUACCCCACUCAGAAGCCAUGGACAACGGCAUACCCCACUCAGAAGCCAUGGACAACGGCAUACCCCACUCAGAAGCCAUGGACAACGGCAUACCCCACUCAGAAGCCAUGGACAACGGCAUACCCCACUCAGAAGCCAUGGACAACGGCAUACCCCACUCAGAAGCCAUGGACAACGGCAUACCCCACUCAGAAGCCAUGGACAACGGCAUACCCCACUCAGAAGCCAUGGACAACGGCAUACCCCACUCAGAAGCCAUGGACAACAACAUACCCCACGCAGAAGCCAUGGACACAACCAGUGCCCACUCAGAAGCCAAGUUUGAUGCCAUCACCAGUGGAAGAGACUAACAACUGCCCAUUUCCACUCAAGAAGCUGAUGGAAUUCUUCACUAAGGUCCGGGAUCUCCUGAAGAAUCUACCAGGAGUUGCAGUUUGAGCAGAAGAAUGGACAGGAUCCAGUGCAGGUUGCAUGGGACCAUGGCCUUUUCCUGCUGAGGCAAUGCCCGCUGAUCCAAAGGCUGCCACAGUGCCGAAGGCCUGCUCUGUCCUGCCCACAUUGCUUCUCUGCAUGUAUGCAAAUGCUAACAUUGGCUUAGUUGCUGAAAUAAAGUUGCCUACGUUUGCCGUU